AGGUCGUUUUCCUGGCUUACCAUACAGUAUGAGCCGGAGUGAACAGCCUUACUAGUUCAUCUCUUCCGGCGGAUGCGAUGACAGCAUGGGCACCUUACUACGCUUGGCGGCAUCAGAGAACGCCGAUUACGAUGUGCUCCUUCAUGUUCUCUACAACAGCUUGGGCCUAACCACCAGCUCAUGCACCGAACUUCUAUCGGUCUGCAGCUACAUACAUUUCUCCCAUCUCUCUGGAACCCAAUAUGCGAAACCCUCAAUGUCUGCGUUCUCGCAGCGUCAGGCUGACCUUUCGCGUUCAGCAUGACAAGACGCACCAACGCCGCGACGAACGUGAAGCGCAUCGCGUGACAUACCUAUCUCGUACGCAAGGACGACUUCUUUUCUUCUCUUCGUUUCCCCGAUCCUUAUUCUCCCACUAUUGUCUCGUGCGCACAUUCGUUUCCUCUCCGUUUCGACGAUUUGCAAAGAACGUGUGGCGAAGGGGACGACCUAGAGGGUGCCGGCGGCUGACAUGUCGAGUCCAGCCUGCUUGUGCAGAAGAAACGAUCUCCAUCCGUGUUUAGAAGGUAUCUACAUUAUCGUAUAUGAUCGGAUGCCUGAAAUGAUUUUGAUGACAUCUGUC